AUGAGCCUUUCAUUCUGUGGUAACAACAUUUCUUCAUAUAAUAUCUAUGAUGGUGUGUUACAAAAUCCCUGCUUUGUGGAUGCCCUCAACCUGGUCCCUCAUGUCUUCCUGUUGUUUAUCACUUUCCCAAUAUUGUUUAUUGGGUGGGGAAGUCAAAGCUCAAAAGUACAAAUUCAUCAUAACACAUGGCUUCAUUUUCCUGGACAUAACCUGAGAUGGAUUCUUACAUUUGCUCUUCUCUUUGUGCAUGUUUGUGAAAUAGCAGAAGGCAUUGUUUCUGACUCGCGGCGGGAGUCGCGGCAUCUCCAUCUCUUCAUGCCGGCUGUGAUGGGAUUUGUCGCCACUACAACAUCAAUAGUAUAUUAUCAUAACAUUGAAACAUCAAAUUUUCCUAAAUUACUCUUAGCCCUAUUUCUGUAUUGGGUAAUGGCCUUUAUUACAAAAACCAUAAAAUUGGUGAAGUACUGGCAGUCCGGUUGGGGAGUAUCAGACUUGCGUUUCUGCAUCACUGGCAUGAUGGUCAUCUUGAAUGGACUCCUCAUGGCUGUGGAGAUCAAUGUAAUUCGGGUCAGAAGAUAUGUAUUCUUCAUGAAUCCUCAGAAAGUAAAGCCUCCAGAAGACCUCCAGGAUCUGGGUGUGAGAUUUCUUCAACCGUUCGUGAAUUUAUUGUCAAAAGCAACAUACUGGUGGAUGAACACACUUAUCAUAUCUGCUCAUAAAAAGCCUAUUGAUCUGAAAGCAAUUGGAAAAUUACCAAUAGCAAUGAGAGCAGUAACAAAUUAUGUUUGCCUGAAAGAUGCAUAUGAAGAACAAAAGAAAAAAGUAGCAGAUCAUCCAAACCGGACUCCAUCUAUAUGGCUAGCAAUGUACAGAGCUUUUGGACGACCAAUUCUACUUAGUAGCACAUUCCGUUAUCUUGCAGACUUACUGGGUUUUGCUGGACCUCUCUGUAUUUCUGGAAUAGUUCAACGUGUGAAUGAAACCCAGAAUGGGACAAAUAACACAACAGGAAUUUCAGAAACCCUUUCAUCAAAGGAAUUUCUUGAAAAUGCUUACGUACUAGCAGUUCUUCUUUUCUUGGCCCUUAUCCUGCAAAGGACAUUUUUGCAGGCUUCCUACUAUGUAACCAUAGAGACUGGCAUUAACCUCCGUGGAGCUCUGCUGGCCAUGAUAUACAAUAAAAUCCUUAGGCUGUCUACAUCUAAUUUAUCCAUGGGUGAGAUGACCCUGGGACAGAUCAAUAACUUGGUUGCCAUUGAAACCAAUCAACUCAUGUGGUUCUUGUUCCUGUGUCCCAAUCUAUGGGCAAUGCCUGUUCAGAUCAUAAUGGGAGUGAUUCUGCUCUAUAAUUUACUUGGAUCAAGCGCAUUGGUUGGUGCAGCCGUCAUUGUACUCCUUGCGCCAAUUCAGUACUUCAUCGCUACAAAGUUGGCAGAGGCUCAGAAAAGCACUCUGGAUUAUUCUACUGAGAGACUGAAGAAAACAAAUGAAAUAUUGAAAGGCAUCAAACUUCUGAAGUUAUAUGCCUGGGAGCACAUCUUUUGCAAAAGUGUAGAAGAAACAAGAAUGAAAGAACUAUCCAGUCUCAAAACCUUUGCACUUUAUACAUCACUCUCCAUCUUCAUGAACGCAGCAAUUCCCAUAGCAGCUGUUCUUGCUACAUUCGUGACCCAUGCGUAUGCUAGCGGGAACAAUCUAAAACCUGCAGAGGCCUUUGCUUCCCUGUCUCUCUUUCAUAUCCUGGUCACCCCGCUGUUCCUGCUCUCCACAGUGGUCAGAUUUGCAGUCAAAGCCAUCAUAAGUGUUCAAAAGCUGAAUGAGUUUCUCUUGAGUGAUGAGAUUGGUGAGGAUAGCUGGCGAACUGGUGAAGGUUCUCUUCCUUUUGAGUCCUGUAAGAAACACACUGGAGUGCAGCCGAAAACUAUAAACAGGAAGCAGCCUGGAAGAUAUCACCUGGACAGCUAUGAGCAAUCCACCCAGCGUCUACGUCCUGUAGAGACAGAGGAUAUUGCAAUAAAGGUCACAAAUGGUUACUUUUCAUGGGGCAGUGGUUUAGCUACAUUAUCCAAUAUAGAUAUUCGAAUUCCAACAGGUCAGUUGACCAUGAUUGUGGGCCAAGUGGGAUGUGGGAAGUCUUCUCUUCUCCUUGCUAUUCUUGGUGAGAUGCAGACACUGGAAGGCAAAGUUCACUGGAGCAAUGUAAAUGAAUCUGAACCUUCUUUUGAAGCAACCAGAAGUAGGAACAGGUAUUCUGUGGCUUAUGCAGCUCAAAAGCCUUGGCUAUUAAAUGCUACAGUAGAAGAAAAUAUUACCUUUGGAAGUCCUUUCAACAAACAGAGGUACAAAGCUGUUACAGAUGCCUGUUCUCUUCAGCCAGAUAUUGACUUACUACCUUUUGGAGACCAAACUGAAAUUGGAGAGAGGGGCAUCAACCUGAGUGGGGGUCAGAGGCAAAGAAUCUGUGUGGCACGAGCUCUCUAUCAAAAUACCAACAUUGUCUUUUUGGAUGAUCCAUUCUCUGCCCUGGACAUUCACUUGAGUGAUCACCUAAUGCAGGAAGGGAUUUUGAAAUUUCUCCAAGAUGACAAAAGGACACUUGUUCUUGUGACUCACAAAUUACAGUAUCUAACACAUGCUGACUGGAUCAUAGCCAUGAAAGAUGGAAGUGUAUUAAGAGAAGGGACUUUGAAGGACAUUCAAACCAAAGAUGUUGAGCUUUAUGAACACUGGAAAACACUUAUGAAUCGGCAAGAUCAAGAAUUAGAAAAGGAUAUGGAAGCUGACCAAACAACUUUGGAGAGGAAAACCCUCCGAAGAGCCAUGUAUUCAAGAGAGGCCAAAGCCCAAAUGGAGGAUGAAGAUGAAGAGGAAGAAGAGGAGGAAGAUGAGGAUGAUAAUAUGUCCACUGUAAUGAGGCUCAGGACUAAAAUGCCAUGGAAAACCUGCUGGCGGUACCUUACUUCUGGAGGAUUCUUCUUGCUCUUCCUGAUGAUUUUCUCUAAGCUUUUGAAACAUUCAGUCAUUGUGGCCAUAGACUACUGGCUGGCCACAUGGACUUCGGAGUACAGUAUAAGCAAUUCUGGAAAAGCUGAUCAGACUUACUAUGUGGCUGGAUUUAGCAUACUUUGUGGAGCAGGUAUUUUUCUCUGCCUUGUUACAUCUCUCACUGUAGAAUGGAUGGGUCUCACAGCUGCCAAAAACCUUCACCACAACCUCCUCAAUAAGAUAAUUCUUGGACCAAUAAGAUUCUUUGAUACCACCCCCCUGGGACUGAUUCUCAAUCGCUUCUCAGCUGAUACAAAUAUCAUUGAUCAGCACAUCCCUCCAACUUUGGAAUCUCUAACUCGCUCAACACUGCUCUGCCUGUCUGCCAUUGGCAUGAUUUCUUAUGCCACCCCUGUGUUCCUGGUUGCUCUUGUGCCUCUCGGGGUCGCCUUUUAUUUUAUCCAGAAAUACUUUCGAGUGGCUUCUAAGGAUCUCCAAGAACUUGAUGAUAGUACCCAGCUCCCUCUGCUUUGCCACUUCUCAGAAACAGCUGAAGGACUCACCACCAUUCGGGCAUUUAGGCAUGAAACCAGAUUUAAGCAACGUAUGCUGGAACUGACGGACACAAACAACAUUGCCUACUUAUUUCUCUCAGCAGCCAACAGAUGGCUGGAGGUCAGAACGGAUUAUCUGGGAGCUUGCAUUGUCCUCACUGCGUCUAUUGCAUCCAUCAGCGGCUCUUCCAAUUCUGGAUUGGUGGGUUUGGGUCUUCUGUACGCACUUACGAUAACCAAUUAUUUGAACUGGGUUGUGAGGAACUUGGCUGAUCUGGAGGUCCAGAUGGGGGCAGUGAAGAAAGUGAACAGUUUCUUGACUAUGGAAUCUGAGAACUAUGAAGGCACUAUGGACCCUUCUCAAGUUCCAGAACAUUGGCCACAGGAAGGAGAGAUCAGGAUUCAUGACCUGUGUGUCAGAUAUGAAAAUAAUCUGAAACCUGUUCUUAAGCAUGUCAAGGCAUACAUCAAACCAGGGCAAAAGGUGGGCAUAUGUGGUCGCACUGGUAGCGGGAAGUCAUCAUUAUCACUGGCUUUCUUCAGAAUGGUGGAUAUAUUUGAUGGAAAGAUUGUCAUUGACGGGAUAGACAUUUCAAAACUACCACUGCACACACUACGUUCUAGACUUUCAAUCAUUUUGCAGGAUCCAAUACUAUUCAGUGGUUCUAUUAGAUUUAAUUUAGAUCCAGAGUGUAAAUGCACAGACGACAGACUCUGGGAAGCUCUAGAAAUUGCUCAGCUGAAGAAUAUGGUCAAAUCCCUACCAGGAGGUCUAGAUGCGGUUGUCACCGAAGGUGGGGAGAACUUCAGUGUUGGACAGAGACAGCUGUUCUGCCUUGCUAGGGCCUUUGUCCGCAAGAGCAGCAUUCUUAUCAUGGACGAAGCCACGGCUUCCAUUGACAUGGCCACGGAAAACAUUUUGCAGAAAGUGGUAAUGACGGCUUUUGCAGACCGCACCGUUGUUACAAUAGCUCAUCGGGUUCACACUAUUCUGACGGCAGACCUGGUUAUUGUGAUGAAGCGAGGAAAUAUUUUAGAAUAUGACACUCCAGAAAGCCUCUUGGCUAGGGAAGAUGGAGUUUUUGCUUCUUUUGUUCGUGCAGACAUGUGAAGGGAUGUCUUAAACCGAUACAUGGAUUUAAAAUAAUGCAGUCAUAACCUACUUAAUCGAUCAUCAGCUUGACCUUCAAAAAGUGACAUCUUAAAUUUGUACACUUUUGUAAAGCAUAUUUGUUGUGUUGUGGGACUUUGUAAUUAGUUACAGUGUCACUUUACCAAUGAAUAUUGUAUUUCCUAUGUUGAUAUUUCUUUUUUGUUUUGUUUUCCAAGAUCUUACUGCUUAAUAUGUUCAUUACUGAUGAUUGUCUAAUGAUUAAGCCACUUUACCGUUAAGAAUAGCAGGCUGUAUGAAAACAUGUAAGCUACUUUAAGUGGUAAGUCAACAGCUAUAAUUUCUCAUAAUUUUAAGGCUGGUAAAUACCUCUCAGGCAUAGAAGUCACCAUUAGUAUUCCUUAUGGUUAUACUCUUAUUUGGAAGAAUGUGUUUUCCGUUUUGUUGGUGUCCCCAGAUGUUGUUGGAAGAGGAAUAAGGGGUCAGGUUUUCUAAUCAGUGAGAAAAGAAAACACUCAAAGCCAUUAUCUACCGGAUGAAAAUAUUCUCUGUGUUCAUUACCAGUAGUAGCAAUCCUGAUGCUUCCUUUAACAGUCUCUUCCUCAUCUAAAUUGUUUCCUGCUACCAAGAAGUCAUUUAUGGUAGCUUUGGAAAGCCAGAGCCUUAACCAGAAAGAUCAUGGGAGAAGUCUGGAUAUUUGAAAAAUUAUACUCAAGGUUCCAUGUUUCCCUGUCCAGUCAGGAGAGAGUUCCUAAGGUAUCAGGAAUAAUGUGCUUUUUCCAGACUAAAGUUCAAAGAGUAAAUACAUUCAGCCCUUCCAUGGCAGGCCAGCUAAAACUUUCUAUGGUUUAAUUCACCACUAAAUGUGUUAUGAUCCUGAGCCCUAAAAUUCCACAUUUUCAAGAUUCAGGAGCAUAGGCAAGUGGCCUUGUUGCCUAUAUAAAUAUAUAUAUGAAACAAGUGUCUAUUGGAAGAGUAUACUUCUUUUUGACAUUUCUGCCCAGUGGUGUCACACGUAUAUCCAUUUGGUACGGCUCUAACUUUAAUGCAUGUGUAAAAAAGUGAAUCAAAGUGUUAUUCUAAUUUUAAUGUACAUGUUAAGAGUGCAUCAAAUAUGGAUUGGAUAUUAGUGUUAUGUUUUGUUUAAAUAUAAAUUAAUAAAUUUUAAAAUACUAAAAGUUACCUGCAUUGUCAUACUAAGCAGCCAAAGCUUUCUACUAUAAUUCUCUGCGCAUCUAGUAUAAACCCCAUCAUGGGUUUUCAUAUGAAGACCAUGUGCUUUGUUAGAUUUUGAAGAAUUAUGAUUGAUAGAAAAAGAGAAUUUGUGCUCCCUCUCUGUAGCUUUUAUGUUCAGUUUAUUGUAUUGUGUACUCACUCUUGGGAAAUCUGUAAUACUAGUUUAUCUGGCAUGUAUGACUGGGCCUUCACCUAAAUAUAGAGUCCUGAUGUUUACCUAAAAUAAGUUCCAUAAGGAUGGACAGGUGUGUUCUGUCAUUUAGCUUGAAUUGUCACCCUUUGUUGUAUAUCUAAAACCUCAUUGAGAAAAAUCCUC